AUGGUGGUGGCCGGGACCCGCUGUCUCCUAGCAUUGCUGCUUCCCCAGGUCCUCCUGGGCGGCGCGGCCGGCCUCAUCCCCAAAGAGGCUCAGAGGAAGUUCAUGGAGGCGUGGGACCAGUCCUCAACUAAGCCCUUUAACGAAGUCCUCAAAACCUUUGAGAUGCGACUGUUCAGCGUGUUCGGCAUAAAGGAGCGACCCACUCCCAGCAAGAACGUGGUGGUGCCCCCCUACAUGAUGGAGCUGUACCGCCGGCAGACGGGCCAGGCGGGCGCGGACGCCCUGGACCACCGGCUGGAGAGGGCGGCCAGCCGCGCCAACACGGUGCGCAGCUUCCACCACGAAGAAUCCUUGGAAGAGCUUCCAGAUGUAAAUGGGAAAACAGUCCGGCGAUUCUUCUUUAACUUAACAUCCUUUCCCAUCGAGGAGUCUAUCACUUCAGCAGAACUGCAUGUCUUUCGGGAACAGGUGCAAGAAGCCGUGGAGAACAGCAGCAGCUUCCGCCACCGAAUUAAUAUUUAUGAAAUCAUAAAGCCAGCAACUGCCACCUCCAAGUUUCCAGUGGUCAGACUCUUGGACACCAGGUUGGUGACUCAGAACACGAGCCGGUGGGAGAGCUUCGAUGUCACGCCCGCAGUGUUGCGGUGGACCGCGCAGGGCCAGGUCAAUCAUGGCUUUAUGGUGGAGGUGAUCCAUCUGGACGACCAUGAGGAGGACUCCUCCCGGAGACAUGUGAGGAUUAGCAGGUCUUUGCACCAAGACGACGACAGCUGGGCCCAGUUCAGGCCCUUGCUGGUCACUUUCAGCCACGAUGGGAAAGGACUUCCUUUGUACAAAAGAGAGAAGCGCCAGGCGAAACACAAACAGCGGAGGCGCCUUAAAUCGAGCUGCAAGAGACACCCUUUGUACGUGGACUUCAGUGACGUGGGGUGGAAUGACUGGAUCGUGGCCCCGCCAGGGUACCACGCCUAUUACUGCCACGGGGAAUGCCCAUUUCCUCUGGCCGAUCACCUGAACUCCACGAAUCAUGCCAUCGUUCAGACAUUGGUCAAUUCAGUUAACUCGAAGAUUCCCAGGGCAUGUUGUGUCCCUACAGAACUCAGUGCUAUCUCCAUGCUAUACCUUGAUGAAAAUGAAAAGGUUGUAUUAAAGAAUUAUCAGGACAUGGUUGUGGAGGGAUGUGGGUGCCGUUAG